AUGGCCACCUUGUUGGCUCGGCUGGUGGAGGGCCGAGGCCACGUCUUAGCCCUGGAGCAUAUCGAGGAACUGGUCCAACUGGCGGAGCGCAAUGUGGCGAAACAUCACCAGGAGCUGGUGCCAGAGACUUUGGAGAUGCGAUGCCAAGACGGGCGCAGUUUCGAUGGCGGCGACGCCUUCCACCUGGUGCACUGUGGUGCAGCCUUGGAACGUGUGGAGGAUUGGCUCCUGGCCCUGCUGAUCCCCGGCGGCCGAGCGGUGGCACCGCUUGGGCCGACGGAUGCACCGCAGUGGUUGUGUAGCAUCGAUCUGUUGCAGGAUGGUUCAGUCGAGGUCACUCGUGUGUGGAGAACUCCGCGCAUCUCACCAGCUAACGCAGCGCGGCCGACAGCCAUGCCGCGCAGUUCGGAUGCUAGCAUCCAGUUGACCACCACAGGCUGGAGUUUGGGGGAAGGUCUCGCCGAAAAACUGGUGGCUUUGUUCUGCCGUGGAUGGACCCUCAUGCCAACCUGGGCCUCGCCUGACAUCACUGAGAAGCUUUUGCCAAGGGCCGCGAGCGCAUUUGACUUGAGUCGAGUUCCAGAUACCGCGCCCCGUGCGGCAGGAUUUGAGGUCCUGGAUUGGGAAGAUGCCGGAUGCCGAAAGGUCUCGCAGGAGGAGAGCAUCCGCAUUGCGGCACGCUUCCGGCCGGUGGAUAGGGAUGGAAAUGAUGUCUCUUGUGUAGAAUUUGGGCGGGAUGGACAGACCUGCUCCUUGAGAAUACAAAGGACUCAUGGAAUCUCUGAAUUUCCCUUCGCCUAUGACCAUGUCUUCCAGCCGGAAGCUUCUCAAGUGGACAUCUAUCACAGUGUCGCGCAGCCCAUCGUCGAGGGCGUCAUCAAUGGCUUCAACGGUGCAAUCAUUGCCUAUGGCCAAACCGGAAGUGGUAAAACCCACACCAUGUUCGGCCCACAGGGUGCCCAAGCCUUUGUUCAAGACAAGGAGCUGGACUUUGAGACUUUGGGCAUCAUUCCGAGAGCCCUGCAGGAGCUCCUGGAGUACGCCAAGAACACCCAAGGACUGGUUCAGUUGAGGGCUUCCUACGUGGAGACCUAUAACGAGACCGUGAUUGACCUGCUCUCACCCUUGCGCGGUGGUGCAGUGGUUGGAGAGCAGGGCUUGCAAUCCGCAGCCAUGCGUGAGCAGGGCGAGGUGCUCUAUCUGCCCACCGUGACCGAAACGCCCGUGACUUCCGUGCACGAGGCAAUGGAGGUGAUGCGCAUUGGCAAUCGCAACCGUCAUCAGGCAGAAACCAAGAUGAAUCGGCAUUCCUCCAGAAGCCAUGCGGUGUUCAUUGUGACGGUCACGAACCGCGUGGAUCCUGGGAAGCAGCGCUUCGCUCAGCUGUAUCUGGUGGAUUUGGCGGGCAGCGAACGCGUGAUGAAGACCGGCGUCCAAGGUCUGCAGCUCGAAGAGGCCAAGAACAUCAACAAGAGUCUACUGGCCCUGGGUCAAGUGAUUUGGGCCCUUGCCCACAAGCAAAAGCACAUUCCGUAUCGAGACUCAAAGCUUACGCAACUGCUGCGCAACUGUCUGGGUGGAAAUGCUCGAACUGUGGUGAUGAUCACUGCCUCCAUGCACACGGAGAACGCUGGGGAAUCGCUCAGCGCCUUGCGUUUCGGUGCUCGAGCCUCUUUGGUGCAGAACAUGGCUCGUCAAAAUGUGGCAGAAAACGCACGAGAGUUGAAGAAGCUCUUGGAACAAGCGCGUGAGGAUUUGUCCCAACUGCGCGCCUGCUGUCGUAGACUGCAAGCCGAACUGACAGCCAGUCGCUGGUCCAACGAACCAGGCAGCCCCUGUGGGGAGCGGAGCUCCAGUGCCAAGAGGUUGAUGGUGUGGGGCUUGCUACCUUCUUUGGUUUGUCCCAUCAACCGGGCCGUCAUGAGGGAUCCGGUGUUGGCAGCCGAUGGCUGGACCUACGAACGAAGAGCUUUGGAGAAGUACAUGGCGCGACCCAGCUGCCAUGGAUUGCCCAAAUCUCCAGUCACUGGAGACCGAUUUAGCACUCGGCAAGUCACGCCCAACUUGGUGGUUCGACAGCUGAUUAAUCAACAUUUGCCAGAGCUGGGACCUUUAGAGGAUCCCCUGCCGCUCAUUCAGCUGCUCCACGUGUGGCAUGUGCAGCUGAUCCUCUCCUUCCUGGAUGCCCGGUCGUUGGCGCGUUGCGAAAGCGCCUGGCCAUCCUUCCUGGCAGCGGCUGAUAGCAGUGAGGUUUGGGUGCAGCUGCUUCAAAACGAUUUCAAUGAAGAGUCUGACACGCCACGCAAAGCAUACGGUGUGCUGGCAUUGGAAGCCUUGGCAAAGCAACCGGCACAUGCAGGACAGCCGGGAGCCACCCUUGGACUGAAACUCUUCAAGCCACGCGCGCGGAUGGAGUGACACCGAAACGGAGAACGCAACGUCAACGCGUCCAACGCGUCAACGGCACGUAGGGUGGUGGCAUGGUCAAUGACUC